AUGCUGUCCGGUUCAGAGGGGUUCGAAGAUGACGGGCUGGGGCUAGAUGCGUCGGUUUCGGAUGAUGGUCCAGCUGGCGUCGAUGAAAGGUGCGGUGAUGGGGCGUCCCCGUCGCGGAGAUCUUCGCAGGUGCAUUAACAGGCCCCAUGGCAAUCAACGGGGCGGGAGGGGGGCGGGAGGAAACGGCGCGGGAAGAAAGCAAGCGAGAAGAGACCGACCGUGUGACGUGACAUGUUGCGGUUGAAUUUCAGCGACUAGUUUUUCUGUUGCCCUCUCCCCCGUUUGCUGUCGCGUUCAAACUGUCUCUACGGAUAUCCCUGUCUCUGUGCGAGUUUGUUUAUGUCCUCGUCUGUCUUUGGUUUAUUUCGUUUUUGUUUUGUUUUUUUACUGGCACGUACUGUUGACCCUUGGGGUCCUUCCGGAAGGCUACCCCCCAGGCUGGUGGUGCGCACGUUCCACUUUUUAUUUAUUUAUUUGUUUCUGAUUCUUUUGUUUUCUUGUACUUUAUCGCUUUGCUAACCCUUGGGGUCCAUUUUAUUUUGGUAUACCUUUUCUAGGUGUCCGCGCUCACAAGCGUCAAGCAGACGGCGUUCGCCGUGUGGGUCUGUGACUGCUUCUGGUGGGGCAUGAGGGAUCUCGUGACAGAUGGCUGGACGUUCUGCUCGAACGUGAUGUCGAGGAUGCACAUGCCUUGGUCUCGCGGAUCUUGUGUGAGUGGAAUCACCUUGCUUUGAAUAGUGAGGUGCGGAGUGCUCUCUUCGACCACGCAGCGCAAUCCCUUUUUCAGGAGGGAGGUGGGCGAAAAAGUGUUGCGACCAAGCCCCGGAACGAUUAGUCCCUGAAUCCGCACGCGCAAUUGCUGUCCUCGAUUGUCCUUGAGGGUACAGUGUAGGAUGCCCGUGGCCGUGCCUUUUCGCUGGGUGUAAUCGUGGAGGUUUCCGUUGGGGAUGAGGCGAUUGUCAAACAUGGCCUCCGAUGCUCCCGUGUCUAACAGCAGUCCUACCCCGGUGGAGCUCGCGGCGAAGUUGCGUCCUGAGAUGCGGGAACACGUACCGAACAUGAAGCCGCUGUCGAAGGUGUCCUCAUCCCGGGUGAAGUCGACAACUGCCACUUCAUUGUUUGAGUCGUUCUUGUUGGACGCCGACGAGCAGUGAGUGCCGCCGGAGCACGCGGUGAAUGCUUUUCUUGAGUCCUUGGUGUCUUCCGGACGCUUUCCUCCUUGUUGGUAGCAUGUCUCGGCCGAGUGAGACGUAGUGUUGUGCUUGGAGCACCACUCGGUAGCUCCGGCAGGCUUUGUUUUCUUCAUCGCCCUGUUCUUGAUCUUGGCGUAGCUCCUCCUGAUGUGCCCGGGCUCGUAGCAGCUGUGGCAGAUGAUGUCAGACGCGGUCGUUGCCAUGGCAAAUCCUCGACCAGCUAUGCGUCCCUUCCAUCCCUUGCGCGAUUGUUCGUCCAAGAAGAUGUUGCGCAUGGUGGAUUGUAUGUCCAGGACGUUGAAGGUUGGGUCUCUGAACACCAUCAGUUUAAUGUCCUUAUAUUCGUCGGAGAAGCCCUGUACCGGGAUGUCCUUGAAGCGGCGGUCGGAGGUGGUUUCUCCCAUCUUAUCCAGCUGGGCGCGAAAAAGGUGCUUCUGGUUGAAGCAGUCGUCGGGAUUUUCACCAGGGUUCAUGAGGUUGUUCUCCAGCUCCUCCAUCUUGGCCCUGAUGACCUCGUCCGUUACCCUGUCAUAGUUGUUGUAGAGGUCAUCGAAGGCAGCUUGUCCGUCGCCUCUGAUGCCAGUGUCGUCUUCGUGCUUCUGCACCGACGAGGCGACUGGAAAUUCCACUAGGAGGAAAAGAAUGGCGUAGAGAUCUUCGUUGGCCCUUGUGUAGGGGUCGAAGGCCGCUGUGUCUGCGGGAUCUGGCUUCCUUUGUUUCUUCAGUAGUAGCAGGAUGUCCUUCCUGGUCACGCCUAACACCACGCAGAAUUUCAUCAAUGUCUUGAACUCAGCUGAGUCCUUUCCGUCGAAUUUCUUGAGGUCUUGAUCACGGUUGCCAGUAUUGUACAACUAUCGCUGGCGGAUGCACUCCCACCUCCUGUGUUGCUCGUUGCGGUAUCCAUUGCUCGUUUCGGCAUUAUUUUUUUCGUCUUGAUGAAAGUACUUCCUGCUGCAGGAGUAGUUUGCUCGUGGUACUACUCCCUGUA